GUCAAAGCAACAUGGUGAGAGAAAAAAAUCUGGGAGAAAAAAGAAAAAGGAAAUUCAUUUUCCCAAACCCAAUGAAAAUCUCUCCAGAAACAAUGGAUCCCUUCUUCUUCUUCUUCUUCUUCUAGGGUUUGUUUCCACCCAAUCAGUCACAACCCGGACGGAUCCAGCUCGGAUAUAACCCGGUGAGUUAUCACCGAGCCACGCUUGUCAUUCUCAAUCUUAUGCUUUAAGUCGAUGUUUUUUUAUUAGCUUUUGUAGAUAUACAGAUAAAAGACAUUUCUUAUUGACAUGCAAUUGAAAUCGUCUUCACCGAAAGGAAGGGAUUAUAGUCCAAAAAGUGGUUCUAGGGUUAAGCAAAAGCAUAAGAGACUCGAUGCUAUAUGUGAAAAUGUUUAUAAUCAAAACCAUCAGAGUGAAUCCAAACCCUUGGAUGAUGCUAAUUCGGAGCUACGCCGCAGCUCUCGAGUGCGGCGGGCUCCAGUUGUGCUUGAUGUAUCACCUCCACCUGUGAAAAAGCGAAAAAAGCUUGAUAAGAAUGUUAAGAAUGUGAAUUUGAGUGUUGUUAAUAGACGUAGUGGUAGUGGUAGAGGUUUAAGGGGUGUUGAGAUAAAGGAAGGCAACGAGCAGUUAGGGUUUCUGGAUACUCCAGGGAGUUGGAGAUCAAGAUUGAGAUCGAGGGGUAGGGUUAGGAAUUUGGUGAGUAGAGAGAGAGGUGAGACAAGUAGGAAAAGGAAGCUUUUUGAUGAAGAGGUAGAAAUGGUGGAAAAGGAGUUUGAUGAUGAUGAGAAGUUGAUGGUUUUGAAAUUGAAGAGGCUGGGGAGGGUUAAGGCGGUCAAUGGUUUAGGGAAUGAAAUGAAAAAUGAUGAAGAUAAUGUGAGUGGGAAGGAUGACGGUAAGGAGAGUGUUGGGAAGGAUGAGAUUGAAGGGGUGGAGGAGGGAAUGCCGGUUUUCGGUAGUGAAAUAGAUGGUGGGAAUGAAAUGGAGGUAGUUCGAGAUGAGGUUGAGGAGUGUGUGCCGGUAUUAGUUGAUGCAGUAGAUGGUGGAAAUGAGAGGGAAGAGGUGGAUGAUGAUGGUGAUGCUGUACAAUUAAGGUUGGAUAAGCAAGAGGAGAAAGAUAGAUUGGAUGGUUUGGAAUUGGAGAAGAACAUUAAUGAAAAUUAUAAUGUUGAAAAUGUGGAGCAGGGUGAUAGAAAAAUGGAGGAGGUGGACACUAGGAUGGAUGUGGAAAAUGAAGGAGAUGUUGAAGUUGAUGAGACUCCGAUGAAUGAUGUGGAGGAUCCUAAUAAGGAAGGAAAUGUUGUUGAAAUUGAUGAGACUCUGAUGAAUGAGGUGAAGGAUCCUAAUAAUGAAGGAGAUAUUGAGGUGAAUGAAAUUCCCUUGGAAGUUGAGAAAGUUGCAAAGGCAGAAAAGUCGAAGCAUGAUUCCCAUACCCUUGGUAGGCCACAAGUUAAACAGGGUAGGUGGUGUGGCUUGUGUGGGUGUGCUAAUGAUGGUAAGCCACCAAAGAAAUUGAUUCAAGAUGCUGGUGACAGUGAAAACGAGACAUACAGUGGUUCAUCAGCCUCAGAGGAGCCUAACUAUGACAUAUGGGAUGGAUUUGGUGAUGAACCUAGUUGGCUUGGCCGUCUGCUGGGUCCUAUAAAUGACCGACAUGGUAUUGCUGGAAUCUGGGUUCAUCAACACUGUGCUGUGUGGAGUCCGGAGGUUUAUUUUGCUGGUUUGGGUUGCUUAAAAAAUGUAAGGGCUGCACUUUGUAGAGGAAGAGCACUAAAAUGCACGAGAUGUGGAAGACCUGGGGCAACUAUUGGUUGUCGUGUUGAUCGGUGUCCAAAAACUUACCACUUGCCUUGUGCCCGAGCUAAUGGCUGCAUUUUUUAUCAUCGAAAAUUUCUUAUAGCAUGCACGGAUCAUCGACAUCUGUUCCAACCUUAUGGUAAUCAAAAUUUGAUGCGGAUAAAGAAAUUGAAAGCCAGGAAAAUGAAAUUAGAAGUAAGAAAAAGAUCAAAUGAUGCUUGGCGGAAGGAUAUUGAAGCUGAAGAAAAAUGGUUGGAGAAUUGUGGGGAGGAUGAAGAGUUUUUGAAACGUGAGAGCAAGAGGCUUCAUCGAGAUUUGCUGAGAAUUGCACCUGCAUACAUUGGAGGCUCUGAUUCUGAGAGUCUAAAACUAUUUGAGGGAUGGGAUUCUGUUGCUGGCCUUAAGGAUGUGAUACAGUGUAUGAAGGAAGUAGUUAUUUUACCGCUUUUAUAUCCUGAGUUCUUCAAUAAUCUAGGGAUUACACCUCCUAGGGGUGUUCUUUUGCAUGGAUAUCCUGGAACAGGUAAAACUCUGGUGGUGCGGGCCUUGAUUGGUUCAUGUGCUCGUGGUGAUAAGCGGAUUGCAUAUUUUGCUCGUAAAGGUGCAGACUGCUUAGGAAAAUAUGUAGGUGAUGCUGAGCGCCAGCUAAGACUCUUGUUUCAAGUUGCUGAGAAGUGUCAGCCUUCUAUCAUAUUUUUUGAUGAGAUAGAUGGUUUAGCACCUUGUCGUACGAGGCAGCAAGAUCAGACUCACAGUUCAGUUGUCUCCACAUUGCUUGCUCUAAUGGAUGGAUUAAAAUCCCGAGGUUCAGUUGUGGUGAUUGGAGCAACAAAUCGCCCUGAGGCUGUUGAUCCAGCAUUGCGUAGGCCUGGGAGAUUUGAUAGGGAGAUUUACUUUCCACUACCAUCAAUUGAGGACAGGGCUGCCAUACUCUCACUUCACACACGAAGGUGGCCAAAACCAGUAACUGGAUCUUUACUACACUGGGUUGCAAGUAGAACUGUUGGCUUUGCUGGUGCUGAUCUGCAGGCUCUUUGCUCGCAGGCUGCCAUUAUUGCUCUGAAGAGGAAUUUUCCUUUGCAUGAAAUGUUAUCUGCUGCUGAAAAGAAAGCUCCUGGUGCUAAUUGUGUUCCACUUCCAGCAUUUACAGUGGAAGAGAGGGAUUGGUUAGAGGCUUUAGCAUGUGCCCCACCUCCCUGCUCUCGUAGAGAAGCAGGAAUAGCCGCUAAUGAUUUGAUAACUUGUCCUCUUCCUGUCCACCUAAUUCCUUGUUUACUCUGUCCGUUAACCAAGUUACUUGUUUCCCUCCAUCUUGAUGAACGCCUAUGGCUUCCUCCUCCUCUUUCUAAAGCUGCUACAAUGGUUAAAAGUGUGAUUAUUUCUACUUUAGCGAAGAAAAAUCUCCCUAGCAAUCAGUGGUGGUUCCAUGUUGAUAAUCUUCUUAAACAAACUGAAGUUGCUAAUGAAAUUCAGAGAAGGCUUUCAGUGGCUGGCAUAUUAAUUGAAGAGAACAGCUAUACUCAUGCUCAUGCCAUUGAUGAAAAUGACGAUGAUGGUGUUCAGUUUGAACCUUCAGUGUGCAGUAAGAGAUUGAGCACCAGUUUUUUGAGAGGUAUAUCUCUUACAUCAAGAAAGAAAGGAUACCGGAUAUUGGUUGCUGGGGGUCCGAGAUCUGGACAGAGGCAUGUUGCUUCUUGCAUGCUUAAUUGUUUUCUUGGGAAUGUUGAAGUUCAGAAGGUUGAUCUUGCUACAAUUUCACAAGAAGGACAUGGUGAUUUAGUCCUGGGGAUUACACAAUUAUUGAUGAAAUGUGCCAGCUUUCAGUCAUUAGUGAUAUUCAUGCCAAGAAUUGAUUUAUGGGCUGUCGAGGCUUGUCGUCAAGUUACCAAGGAGAAUGGUGCAUCUUCAACUGAUCAGCUGUCUGAGAAAACAGAAUGUUAUUCCCCAUCUCUUCAAGAUGUUGGAAAGGAAAAUGCGUCUGAGAAAGCAGAAUCUUGUUACAAACCUAUUCAAGAUGUUGGACAGGAAAAGGUGUCUGAGAAAACAGAAUCUUAUUCUACACCUAUUGAAGUCAAUGACAAGGAAAAUGAAACCUUUGCACAUAAAUGCAGAGAAUCUGAAAUGCAACAGCCUCAAAAUGCGACCCUAAUUGCCUCACAUUCCUGGUGCUCAUUUGUUGAGCAGGUGGAAAAUAUAUCUGUAUCGACAUCCUUGAUCAUUCUGGCUACUUCAGAAAUUCCAUAUCUGGAACUCCCACAAGAAAUAAUGCAAUUCUUUGAGAGUGAUGUCUCAAACAGUACUGAGUUGACUCCUUUGGAGCAUACAGUGCCCCGAUUCUCAGUGCAUGUUGGCGACGAUUUCAACCGUGAUUUGGUGGUCAGUCUUUCUGCAGCUAAGUUAUUGGGGGAUAUUACGCAACUCUUUGUUUUAUUAAUUCAUCAGAAAGCGCAUAUCCAUACCACAUCUGUCCAGUACAAAUUUUGUGAUUCUGUUCAAACAUGUGCUACAGAAAAUCAAUUUAAGAAGAAUGGCUCAGGUGUUGAAAAUGAUUUUGGAAAAGCAUUUCCUCAUGAUCAUUCAAAAGUUGCAUCACCACCAAGUAAUAAAAGUUUAAAAGGAAAAUCAAGCUUGCUUUUAGCAAUAUCAGCAUUUGGCUAUCAAAUACUUCGUUGUCCUCAUUUUGCUGAACUUUGCUGGGUCACAUCAAAACUGAAAGAAGGUCCUUGUGCAGAUUUUAAUGGGCCUUGGAAGGGCUGGCCUUUUAAUUCUUGCUUUAUCCAUCCUGGUAAUAUGGAUAAUGUGCCAGCUACUUAUAGCACAGGAAAUAUCAAAAGCAAAGACAAGUAUAGCUUAGUCAGAGGUUUAAUUGCUGUUGGUUUAUCAGCAUACAGAGGUGUGUACAAAUCGCUUAGAGAGGUCUCCUUUGAGGUAAGGAAAGUUCUUGAGCUUCUAGUUGGACAAGUAAAUGAAAAGAUACAGGCUGGGAAAGAUAGAUACCAAUACAUUCGUCUCCUAUCACAAGUUGCAUAUCUGGAAGACAUGGUUAACAGCUGGGCACAUGCAUUGCAAAGUUUAGAACUUGACAAUCAAAUUAAACUGGCAAAUGCUGGUCAAAGUACCCCCGAUUUUCCAUGUGAUUAUGCUUCUGUGGAGAAUUCAAUCCAAAAUGAGGAAUGCAGAGGAGUCAUACCUAAUAAAAGCGCCCAAGAAUCUGAAGGCGUAGAAGGUAGUCCUGUGAAACUUGCUCCUGGAAAUGUUGAGGGUGUUCAAUUGAUUGAAGGGGAAAAUGGUUUUGGCCUUUCUGGUUCUGAUAUCAGAGGUGUGCUUUCAGAAGAUUUAUCUCCAAAGCAGAAUGUCCAUUGUGAUCAUACCAACUUAGAUAAGAAUCUUCAGAGUUUUACUUCAGAUAACCAACUGGUUGAUAAGAAUACAGAUGAACAGAAUGGGAUUACUCUUGGACAACGCGAACCAAAAAAUACCAGUGCUCUUAAAGUCGUUACUGGACUGGAUAAUGGAUCCUUGAAACAUUCAAAUGGAUUGACAGUCGCUGAUAUUGGUGUCCAUUCUGAGGGUGGUGUCUGUAAUUCAAGUGAACAGUGUACCAACAAGUUUGCUGGCCCCUCAAAACCCUGUGACCGGAUUGAUGGAAUGGUUGCAACGGAAGAGGGAGCUAAAUGCAAGGAUAAUCAGCCCAACUGCAGCGACUUCUCUCCAGGCAAAGAUACCAGUCAUUUUGCUGAUUGCGAAGUUGUAUGUUCUUAUAUUUGUUGCUAUGGAUGCCUCCACAUGCUCCAAAAAAUGAUUCAGGAAGUUCUUGUUCAUAAAUGGGAACUAAACAAUAGCCAUUGGAGAGUAGAUGAUGUUCAUGAUGUUGUUUCAUCAUUGUCUGUGGAUCUUCUAUCAGCAGUUAGAAAAGCUAAUGUUACAAGUGAUUCGAUUCACGGAAACCUGAGAUGUGCUAAUCCUGACAUAUUGUCUGAAUCUUCAGAAAUGCAAAAUUGUCGCUGUCAAAGUUCAGGAAAUAGUUUAGCUCUCGCAGCAGAGUGUAGUUGUCACUCCAUGGCGGGGUUUGCAACUGCAAAAGCAAAUGGCUCCCCAAAUUCAGACUUGAGGAUUGAACUGGAAUUUAUUUUCAGAGAUGGCGUUCUGGUACCCGUAGAUACUAACAAAAAUAUUUCUUUCCAUUGUAAAUAUGAGACUUUAUGCCUUUGUUCUAUUAUAAAGUCAGUAGUAAUGAUGAAGCAGCCUUCUGAUUGAUAUUAUAUCAUCACAGCAUGGAUUAGCCAUGCUAUUAUGGUGUUUUUGCGGAAUCUAGGUGUAAAUUUUAAUUUAAGAGGUCGUAUAAAGAAUCAAAAUUUUGUUGGGCA